AUGGGCGAGUUCAGUGAACCCAGUGCUGCCUCUUGGGCUAGAGAUGUUUCUGAGAAGCCAGACGAUUUGAAAUGGUCGGAUUGUGUGGCUGUUCUUCCCGAGGCCGAUCAAGAGCAAGUCCUCGUUCUAGCGUGGGUGCUCCUUCUCCAUCGCGGGACUGUGCAAAGUGAAGAUGCUGGAUUUUCAUGGGAGAAAAAUGGGAAGCCCCAGGGAGCCCACAUCAAGGAUGUAAUUGAGGGGGAUGGGACCCUGCUAGGAUCGGCUUUGCAAGUCAUCCGGGGAUUGGGUGACUUCUCCGGAGCUGGAGACAUAAUAUCUUUGAAGAAUUCUAGUGCCACCACCGAAGCAACAUUUGCACUGGAAGCAAAGAUCUCACAGGGCAACCUAUAUAUUCGUGCAAUUUCGAAAGCUCUCACAGCAACACAGCCCGUUAACGCUGUUCUACCUCAUAUCAUCGCUGAUAUCCUGCUUUUUAUCACUGCGAACCUUGACCGACCUACUUCUGAGGCUAUUCAAAUUCGAAGCCAGGAACUUUCACAAGUAUGGAAGUGGAACGGCCCGAUGCCCCCCACUAUCGAUCGCUGUAUCCAAGAUAUGAUCAGCGAAAAGGCGCAAAGCCAGCUUGAGCGUCCCUCUGUCGUGUCAUGGGACGGGGAGAUGACCUAUGCACAGCUGGAAGAACGAUCAACGUGGCUAGCAAAGCAUUUAGUUCACUUAGGCCUGCAGGCUGACCGAGCUGUGCCUUUGUGUUUCGAGAAGUCAAUGUGGACCAUUGUUGGUGUAUUGGCAGUCAUGAAAGCAGGUGGCGCGUUGGUCCUCAUGGAUCCUAGUCAACCGGAGGGACGACUGAACACUAUCGCUACAGAGGUGGAUGCCGAGUUCAUCCUGACCUCGGAGUUGCAGACCGGUCUCGGCUCUCGCAUCGUCCCCGGUGGAAAGCAGAUCAUUGUUGGACCGAGUCUAUUCCAACAGGAGGUCGAGCUACCAUCUGUCAGUCUACCAGUCGUACCAGCAUCAUCGACCCUGUACAUUCAAUUUACGUCUGGCAGCACCGGAAAGCCCAAAGGUGUGGUUAUCUCCCAUUCAAACUACACUAGUGGUGCAGUGCCUCGUGCUGCAGCAGUUGGUUAUGGAGAGCACUCACGCGUGUUGGAUUUCCCCUCGUAUGCAUUCGACGUCAGUGUCGACUGCAUGCUGUGCACGCUAGCCAAUGGCGGAUGUAUAUGUGUGCCAUCAGAAGACCAGAGAGUAAACGAUCUCAGUGGUGCUAUUCGUAAUAUGAGCGUGAACAUGGCCCACAUGACACCAUCAGUUGCGCGUGUGCUGGCUCCAGAUAUCAUGCCCUCAUUGGAGGUUCUCGGUCUCGGCGGUGAAGCGAUCACUGCCAGUGACGCUGCCGACUGGGGCCAGAAGACGCAUAUUGUUAUUGCAUAUGGUCCAUCGGAAUGUACGGUUGGCUGUACAAUCAACAAUGAUAUCCCCCCUGGUCGGUCCUACACCAGUAUUGGACGGGGUGUUGGAGGAACAACGUGGGUAGUGGACCCAUCCAACCAGGACCGGCUGGUUCCCGUCGGCGCUGUAGGAGAGCUUCUUGUCGAAGGCCCAGUGGUCGGUGACGGAUACCUAAACAAUGCAGAGAAGACAGCAGAGGUCUUCAUCGAGGACCCCGCCUGGUUGAUUCAAGGCGGUGGAGAUUACCCAGGUCGCAAGGGUCGUCUCUACAAGACUGGUGACCUGGUCCGAUAUGAUCCCGAUGCCUCAGGUAGCAUUGUUUUCAUCGGUCGUGCAGACUCACAGGUGAAGCUUCGCGGUCAGCGGGUGGAGCUUGGUGAAGUUGAAUAUCACGUCCGCAAUUUCCUUCCCGCUGGUGCAAAUGUUGCUGCCGAAGUGAUAUUCCCAGGCGGAAGGAAGUCCGAUGCCACGCUAGUCGUGUUCGUGGCAGAGGAAAAGAGCGAGAAGACGGGCGUACCUGGCGAGAUCACCUCUUUCUCAAGUGCAUUCCAAAAGUUUCUCGCCGAUAUCGAUGAGGCUCUAGCAACAGAACUCCCUCGAUACAUGAUCCCCGCUGCAUACAUUCCACUUGACCAGAUGCCACUCUUGGUGUCUCUCAAGACGGACCGAAAACAGCUCCGUGCUCUGGCAAGCGAAUUGACGAGGCGACACAUUGCCGAGCUGAAGACUUCGACAGCAGCCAAGGUGGCACCUCGCACAGACAUGGAGCGCAGACUUCAAGGUCUUUGGAUUAACUUGUUUGGCAAUGACUCUGAGAUCGGCAUUCGUGACCAUUUCUUCAGUCUGGGAGGCGACUCGCUCAAAGCCAUGAGAUUGGUAGCUGCUGCAAGAGAGCAACUUCUCGCUGUUCAGGUCACCGAUAUCUUCCAACAUCCAACCAUCGAGAAUCUGGCCCUAAAUGUGAUGGAAAUCAAGAGCACGGAGGCACCAGAUGUUCCUGCAUACUCACUUCUUCCAGAAGGCUGGAAGCCCGAGGAAGCCCAGACGGAGGUUGCAUCUCUUUGCAAUCUGGACUCUGCUGAGGUAGUUGAUGUAUAUCCAUGCACACCUCUCCAAGAAGCACUCAUGGCUCUCUCAGCCAAGUAUGCAGAUGCAUAUGUUGCACAGCGAGUGAUUGAACUCCCUAAUGCCGGCGUCGCCGAGCAGCUGCGAUCUGCUUUCGAGAGUGUGUCCGCAGACUCGGGGAUUUUGCGCACAAGGAUUGUGCAGGUUCCCCGCCGAGGAUUGAUGCAGUUGCUCAUGCGAACAAGCUCUCCCUGGCUCGAGAGCUCUAAUCUUUCCAAAUACCUGAGCCAAGACACACUCAGAGGAAUGGGUUUAGGCACUGAGCUCGCCCGUUUUGCUAUUGUCAAAGACGAGACAACGAACAAGAAUAGCAUUGUGCUGAGCAUCCACCAUGCACUCUAUGAUGGCUGGUCUAUGCCAUUGAUUGUGGAUCGUGUUAAUCGUGCCUAUCGUGGUGAGGGCAUCGGCAGCCCAACGCCUUUCAAGAACUUCAUCAAGUGGCUCGGUGAUACGGACGGAGCAUCAUCCAAGACAUAUUGGACAGAGCAGCUUCAAGGCGCUACUUCCAUUCAGUUCCCUGUCAUCCCAUGGACUGGAUACCAAGCUCGCGCCGACUCUCUGCUUGAGCACUAUGUCAAGCUUCCCCGUGCUUCAUCCAACUCGACGACCAGCAUCGCCACUGCCAUUCGAGGUGCCUGGGGUCUUCUGGCAUCGCAAUAUACAUCAUCGGAUGACAUCGUAUUUGGAGAGACGAUGACUGGUCGCACAGCACCUGUAGCAGCCGUGGAAGAGAUUGAGGGACCAAUGAUCACCACGGUCCCUGUUCGCAUUUGUAUCGAUCGCAAGGCUCGGGUCUCAGAAUAUCUCCAGAGCAUUCAUGAUCAAGCCCUGCACCGCAUUCCUCACGAGCACAUGGGUUUGCAACAUAUUCGUCGUUUGAACGCCGAUGCUCGAGAGGCCUGCGAGUUGCGCACUGGCAUUGUCAUCCACCCAACCGUUGAGGAGAGUGCUGUCGACUUGGAGAAGAAUCCUGAUACCGCAUUCGUUCCCACUAGCGAGGCAGAAGCCGCCCGUGAAGCACUGAAGUUCAACUCCUAUUCCAACAUGCUGGUCUUCACGGUCGAUCCUAAGGGAUUCCUUAUCAUGGCUAGCUUCGAUUCCAAGACGAUUGAUGUCCCCCAGAUGGAUCAAGUGCUGAAACAAUUUGAUAGCCUGGUACAGAAGCUCUUCAACGACCCAGCUCAGCGCAUCCAGAAUAUCUAUGAUGCCACCGCGCAGGUGGAUAUGACAGAACAACAGCGACUAUCCACACUCGGCCCGGCACGUCUACCUGCAGAGAAGCUUUACGCUGAUGUAAAGGGCACUUGGAUCGUGGAUCCCAACAACUAUGAAUGCUUGGUUCCUGUUGGCGGGGUUGGAGAGCUCCUCGUUGAGCGAGAUAAUGAAUCGGAUUUUGGUGAACUGGUUACCACUCCAACUUGGCUUAACCAUUCUCCGAAGCUGUACUCCAUCAACCAACUGGCAAAGUACACCAACGACGGUUCAGUCAUUAUUGUUCGCGCAAAGGAUGCGCAAGUCGGGCAAGUCAGACCUCGUGUCAAGAGACAUGACAGCGGUACAGCCGUAACGACCGUCCCACAGCAAAAGCUCCAGCGACUCUGGGGACAAAUUCUGGAUGUUCCCUUUGUGGACAUUCUUUUGGAUGAUGAUUUCUUCGACCUAGGAGGUGACUCGAUCCGUGCCAUGAAGCUGGUCUCCGAGGCACGGGCUGAAGGUUUGCAGCUGACUGUGACUACCAUCUUCGAUCACCGAGCCCUGUCUGACAUGGCUCAGCAUGCCGUUGAGGCCCAACCGGCGGAUGCAAUGGCUCGCGAAUACGUGCCAUUCAGCACACUAGACGUGACUGACGUGGAUUCUUUCGUCGCCGAUAUUGGUCCCAAGCUUGCUCAGUCCGAGUGGAAGAUCAUCGACGCGUACCCAAGUCGUCCACUCCAGGAAAUCGCCGUCCAAGGUACUGUCCAACUUCCUCGCUAUUCAGUGCGAUAUGAACUGUUCUAUAUGGAUAUCGCGGUGGACCGCGACCAGCUGUUCAAAAGCUGCCAGGAACUUGUUUCUAUGAAUGAAAUCCUUCGCACGAUGUUCGUCGAGCACGACGCGACGUCCCUCAGCGUGGUUGUGGAUGACAUCAAAUGCCCAAUCGUCGAAUUCGAGAUUGACACUGACAUAGAGAGCUUCAGCCAGAAGGUCUGCGAGGUAGACGUUCAGUCGCGCAUUUCGCAUGGAACACCCUUCGUGAAAUUCAUUUUCGUGCAACAUGUCGACGGACCCAGCAGUCUACUCAUGCGAAUUUCGCAUGCGCAGUAUGAUGAGAUCUGUUUGCCAAUCUUGCUGCAACAGCUUUCGGCACUCUACGAGGGAAGACCAGUACCUAAGAGCUUGCCGUUCUCCUCAUAUGUCGACCACGUUCUUCGCGCCAACAUGCCGAUCAGCAUUCCGUAUUGGCAGAAUCUUCUACAAGGAUCAUCCAUGACAAAGAUCCAGCCAGACAUCCCUAUUAUCUCGGGCGCUCACUUCGCUAUCUCCAAGGAUGUCAGUAUCGCCAGGCGACCGAGAGACAUCACAGUCGCUACUCUGCCCACUGCAGCUUGGGCACUAUGUCUCGCCCGCCGUCUCUCCCUCAACGACGUGACAUUUGGUGAGGUAGUCAGUGGCCGGAACAUCGAACUCCCCAACGCUGACGCGGUUGUUGGGCCAUCAUGGCAAUAUGCACCUGUGCGCGUAAAGUUCGCUGAUGGAUGGACUGCAAUGGACCUUCUGCAAUUUGUGCAACGGCAACAUCUUGAAAGUGCGCAGUACGAGGGCAUGGGUCUCAAGGAAAUUGUCCAGCAAUGCACCGACUGGCCGGAGACGGUUGACUGGUUCGAUUCCGUUGUCCACCAAGAUGUUGAGCACAUUGAAGAUCUGUCUUUCAUGGCGGCCAGCAGUCGUAUGCAGACCAUCUACCCGCAUUUCGAGCCCUUGCGCGAGAUCAAGGUGCAAGCAUUCCCCAAGGGCGAUACUCUUUGCAUUGAGAUUGUCACUGUGGAGUCGUGGUCUGACUUUGCGGUGCAUUUGCUGGAUGAUGUUGUUGACACAGUUGGCCAAUUGGUGAAUCAAAUUAAUGAGAAGGUUCUGUGA